GAUUUGCUGAUACGCCCUCAAACCGGUAGGUGGCGGUAGCGCAGCUACAGAUGGAGAAGAAGAGUCUCCUGCCCAGAAGUUAGCAGCGCUGUAAACCAUCACCAGGCUGUGGAAACUUUCUUCUCUUCCUUAACAACUUGGUGGAGUUCUUUCCAGAACCAGAGAAGAUAUUCUGCGGUCUUCGUGACAAUCGGAGCUCCAGAAUCAGGUUGUGGGUGAGAAAAGCUUUUCUCUAGACUUCCUGCCCUCUGGAUCUGCUGCUGUUCCUUUGGCCUCUCUGAGAAACGCGCUCGUUUUGCUGCUUUCAUCAGAUUGAAGAGGUUCCCUCUAUCAGACUCGCUCAUCUGAGUUGGUCAUGAUGCAGGAUCGCUGCUCGCUCUCUGAUCCAUCCUGCUCACACUCUCCGACGGAAAAGUCAUCAGCUGCUUUGUUUCUAUUGCAGCUGUUAGCUAAACACGGCUAAAGCAGACCUGCUACCACUUCAGGAUCUGGGACUGAGUCAUCAUCUGGAUCUGGACAACAUGGAUACAGAUGUUCUGGAGGUGCUGGUUAAAGAAGAAGCUGCUGAAGAACAGGGUGUUGAUAGGGCAUUGCAGGACCCAGAGCACCUCCACAUAAAGGAGGAACAGGAGGAACUCUGGACCAGUCUGGAGGGAGAGCAGUUUCAUUUGAAGGAGGAGACUGAUGUCACCAGAUUUCCAUUCACUGCAAUUUCUAUAAAGAGUGAGGAUGACAAAGAGAAACCUCUGUUCUCACAGCUUCAUCAGCAACAAAUAGAAGACAGAAAUGUUCCGACCAGCAGCUCGGCUGGUCAGACGACAGCAGAAACUGGUGGUGGAGCUGAAACUAACAGGAACCCAGAAAAGACAUCAAAUUCUUCAGAGGCUGAAGUUAGUGAUGAUGAAGAGGAUGAUGAUGAUGAUGAUGUGAAUCUAGACUCUGAGCUGUCGGACUCUGGGCCUGAAACUGGAGAUGGAGACAUGAACUGGAAUGAGACCAGGUCUUCUGAGUCAGUUGUGAAGACUGUCAACAAAUCCUUUAGCUGCUCUGAGUGUGGUGAACAAUUUCUCCACAAGCGGUCUCUCCAGAAACAUGUGGGAGUGACAAGUCAUUCAGCAAUGAGGUCUUCAGUAUUUUUGGUUAAAAAGAAAUGUAUUGGAGUGAAGAAACAUGUAGACUCGUGCAGGAGAGUCCAGACAGAAGUAAAAUCCUUUAGUUGUGAGGUCUGUGGAAAAAGGUUUAGUAAAAAAUCAUAUGUAAACACACAUAUGAGUGUCCACACAGGACAGAAACCUUUUGCUUGUGAGAUCUGUGGACAAAAAUUUGGCCGAAAGACCUAUUUAAAGAGUCACAUGAGUGUUCACACAGGCCAGAAGCCUUUUGCUUGUGAGUUCUGUGGAAAAGAGUUAAGCCGAAAGGAACAUUUAAAUGGUCACAUGAGAGUCCACACAGGACAGAAGCCUUUUGCCUGUGAGAUUUGUGGACAAAGAUUUAGCCACAAGAAAUAUUUAAACAGUCACACAAGAGUCCACACAGGACAGAAGCCUUUUACCUGUGAGGUUUGUGGACAAAGUUUUAGCCAGAAGUCAAAUUUAAACAGUCACAUAAGAGUCCACACUGGACAGAAGUCUUUUGCCUGUCAGUUUUGUGGACAAAGAUUUAGCCGAAAGGAACAUUUAAACAGUCACACAAGAGUCCACACAGGACAGAAGCCUUAAAUUGCCUUUGAACUCUUUGGACAAAAAGGUUUAUUUAAUAGAAAAGUUAUACAGACACUUUUCAGUCUGCACAGGACACAAAGUACUCAUUUGAUCCCAAAAGAAACCCUUGUAGCUUUUACAGUCUAGACAUCACCCCGGCGGUUGUACUUAUCUUAGAUGAGGGCCGCAUCCAGGCCAUGAUCAUUGAUGAUGAGCUGCAGCCUGAAGCGCUGUCCUUAGGUUUCACAUUCAGAGUGUUGUGGCAGAGUGUGUUUAGCACAGGUCAGUCCCACAUUUACAUUACUUUUUACACAUCCCUCACAUUGAGAUGGUUUCAUAUUUUGUCCAGAAGUUUAUUAAUAUCAUGAAAUAAAAUAUUCUCAAUGGAUCAAA